UUAUAAAAAGAUAAAUCGAUAACUAGUAUAAAAAAGUUUAAAAACUUAACAAAAAUACUACUUUUUUAUUACAGAAAUUAAAGGUAUUAAAAGUAAAAACUUAUUGCAUAAAACAUUUGCCCAGGAUAGAGACACGUCUUCAAAAUAAUUUCCCUCCUCCGGCAAAAGCUUUGUGGGGUUUCUCUCCUGAACAAUCCAACCGUUAGCUCCACUUUUCCUUUUUCUACAUCUAUUUUAGGGUCCUCUUCUUCCAAUUAUAUCUUCAAAUUUUGUCCUUCCACCACGAAUAGAGUAUCUUUUGAUUCCGGGAGUGAAUUUACUGAAAUGGGUUCGGAGCAGAAGCAGAAAGAGAAUACCGGUGGUUCAUUGACCACGGAUGUGGACACGUCGCCGCCGUUUGCGUCGGUGAUGGAGGCUGUCAGCCGGUUUGGUGGAGUCGGCUUCUGGAGACCUCACUCCCAUAACCCCACUCAACCUUCCCAGACUAGCAGCGAACAAUUGCUCGAUCAUUUGCAGAACAAUUCGGGAACAGAAGAACGAGAAACCCUCGAAGAGUUAAAAGUCAAACUGCAAAAAGAAGUCAAAGCCGAAGUCAGCAUUCACCGAUCCGACGAUCGGAACAACGAGGUACGAGUGGAGUUAUCGGAAAACGAAAUCUUGAAGAGGGUAAAGGAAGCAACUGAAGACGUAAAGCAUUGUACGAGGAUUCUUGAAGAGGUUUUAAGAAGAGUUGAGGCCACUAGAAAUGGAACAUAUUUGGAUUCUGAUGCUGUGGUGGUGGCGAGGCCGAUGAUGUCGAUAGGGCAGAUAUUGAGCCGGAAGUUGUUUUUGGCCGGAGAGCGUCCGGAGAAGAGUUGUAUGAGAUGGAAGGUUUCGUUGGCAGAAAUUAUUGGGAAAGGUAGUGGUAAUGGGGAGAAGAGAAAUGGUGAAAAGAGAGUUCAGGCAAAAAGAGCGAAGUUGGGGUUUGGUGGUGGUUGUGGUGGUGGUGGUGGUGGUUGUGGUGAGAAGGGAGUUCCGGCGAAAAGAAUGAAGUUGGGGUUUGGUGGGAUUUCGUCCAUGGUGGCAAGGAAGAAGACGUGGAAACAAAGCCGAUGAUUUGGUGUUAGUUUUGGCUGGUGUUUUAUGAUUUGGAAUCUUGUAGGAGGCAUUUGUUUAUAGUGGUGCUGUGUGCUUGUGAAUUUAAGGAUGAAUUAUGCUU